AUGAAGUUUGCCUUCACCCUCGCAGUUUUGGUCACUUUCCUCUUCGCCCAUUCUAUUCACGUCUAUGGAUAUGGAAUACCUCAAUGUUUGCCUGCAUUAGCAAGCUAUCUCCAUGGUCAACAGGCAUUGCUGCUAAGUGUUAAGAACGACCUCCAUAGAACAAAGCAAUUGUUAAAGCAAGCUAUUAACAAAUGGCCCCCUGGUCACUACUGCAUCCUUGCGAAGGGACCAUGUCCAACGGGCUUCCUUCGCUCCGCAGGUCACAUGCGAGCAUUGAAGAUGUACGCCUCUAGUGCCGUUUAUAUCAAACCAGCCACGUUUGGAGACAGCAGGAUAAAAUGUCAUGGCCAUCCAUGCGGCCGGUAUGGACAGUGGAUUGGAGAGCUUCAUAUCACAGCAUGCUGCAAGUGAUGGGGAUACAAGAUCACCUACCCCAGCACCAUAAUCAACCCAAUCAAUAACCAAAAUGGGUCUAGAAGUGAUUGUAGCCGUCGU